CUAUAAGCGCUUCAGCUCAUGUGAAGGCGUCCCCCCUCCUCUUUGAUGCAGCGUCUGCGCAUGCGCAGAAGCGAAUUUAGUUCUUACUUUAGUUUUUUGACUUCCGGCCUAGGGAUUCAUUCCAGUGCCCUAUUUGGGGUAUAAACAAGUCUACCCAGUGCAGUCAAUAACUUCGUGAGUCCUAGGCAUGGAUCCGAGGGAGCCCCCGAGGAAGCGGAGAGCGGAACGACGCGCCACGGAGAAUGCAGUGAGUGACGACGAAAAGGCGAUGGUCUGCUGGUCGGCGCUGCCGUCCGUUGCCCUGGAGCAGGUCUUCGGCCACCUCGGCAUGAUGGACGUGGUGUCGGCGGGGCAGACCUGCCGGUCGUGGCGGACCACGGCCAUGCAGCCCGCCGUGUGGAAGGACGGACGCCUCCUCUACUCGUGGGUCUUCGAGGAUCGAGUCAGCAAGGACUUGCCUCGGACCUACAGCCUCCGACAUAGGAACGCGAGGGACUUCGUCCGCAUCGUGCGCUUCGCGCCGCGCCUCCACUGGCUCAAGACGGCGGAUAUCAUGCUGCCCGCAGCGCGCAAGGCCCUCACCCACUCUAAACUCAAGCUCUUUGGGCUUGGACUGAACGGACGAUUGGCUUGGUCUGCCAAGCUCCUGGCCCAGAAGCAGGAUGGCCUCGAGCAAGUCACCCUCCGAAACCCCGACGUUGCCUGCCUGCUUGCUGCUCUCCGGUGCCGCGACAUGCUCAGCCUCAAGUUGGAGUUCAGCCGGGACGAGAAAUACUCCUGUCCAGUGCUGUUGCCGGGUGUACCCGUUCAGCGUGAAAAGCCGCUAAAGGCACUUAUUACCGACGGAGGGGAAUUCCCCGAGGCGGUGAGCAUGUUGGUGGAGCGCUUCGCCGACACGCUGGAGGGGUUACACGUGUCCUGCCUGCCGAGCAGCGCCGCCCUCUCCCGCUGCACGCGGCUGCGCACGUUGGGGGUGAACCCGGACCCGGGGUCGGCUCGGGACCGCAGCGAGCUCCUCGCCGGCCUCCGCGGGAAGAAGCUGCGGUUCAUUGGCUUCAAAGGCGUAAACGAGUGGGUCGGACACAGCAAGGAGGACUGCCUUGCGUUUCGUGAGGAGCUGAAGCAAUUUGUCUGGGAAGGCGUCUAUUGCCGACAGUGUGCCUAGACACUGUUCGUUUACGCCAACACAUCGUGUUCAAGAAUUGGAUCAUUUUGAUUUUAUGUUUUCUUAGUACGCUCCAUACAUGAAAGCAUUCCUUUUCCUUUCCUUAAAUUUCAUAAAUUGCUCUUGUGUGUUUUUAUUUUGCCAAUUUUGUGUGACUCAUAAGACACAGAAAUAAAUGGCCGCGUGGUUUACUUGAUAAGA